AUGCCACCCUCGACGCGCAUACCACCGCAGCUACAACCUUAUGUUCAACUACCACGCGACGACUCGGUCCUCUUGUUCACGAGUACACUCGGCGCCAGCGCGAAUUGGCUGCUCAUUCGGUUCCUAUGCAAUGCGUUGAGCACUACCACACCAGAAGAUGGCGGGGAUGAGGGGUACAACGUCGUCUUGGUGUCAUGGAUGAGAGAAUACGACUUCUGGAGGCAGGAAGCUAGGAAAGGAGCAGCUCUAGAUCUGGAGAAGCUGAGGAGGGAGGGACAGUUCGCCUUCAUUGACGGACUGGGUGCUGGUGGAAAUGCGACCGAUGGCAAUACGCCCAGUAGAGACUCACAGACGAAAAUACAGACGACACCACGAGCUGCGGUAGCAAACGCGACACCAGCGCAGAGAGGGCCACAGAUUCUGCCUGCACGAGGGCCGCCCGGACGGGUAGUACCUGCAAGAGGGCCACCUCCAACGGCUCCGGCAGCGGCGGCGACAGCGACAGCGUCUUCAUCAGCUACGAACGCCCCGAACGGGCCUGCGAGUGCAAACAAGAGCGCGCCAGGUCACCAUACACUCAAGAGCCUCGAUAUCGCAGACAUCAAGACGACCAUCUCCACCGCCAUAUCCUCGUUCUCUACCUCUGCCGCUCAACGAAAGACACUCCUCAUCUUCGACAAUCCGGAUCUUCUCCUUGCGCUGAACCCAGCUAUUACGCCCUCUGACUUUACCUCCCUCAUGCUACAGCUUCACACACUACCGAGCGUAUCGCACAUCCUCACGCAUAUACAAGCCGACAACCCACUCCUCAGCCUCUCCACGCCUCCGCAGCCACUCGAAGUGGCGCACCAUAACCUGCUUGUCAAGUGCGCGCAUAUGAGCAGGAGGAUACUCGGCGUGAGGAUAUUAGACACUGGUGUUGCAAGAGACGUGAGCGGUGUGAUACGCGUCACUGAGCAGAGAAGACAAUGGUUCGAUGUGGGCUUUGGUAUCGAAGAGAACCAGGAUGCUGAUGAUAGUGGGAGAGGAAAGGAGUUCUUAUAUCAGGUCAAGAGCGAUGGUAGCGUGAAGGUGUUUGAGCGUGGUGCUGGCGGAGAGGGCUAA